AUGGCCUCAUCCAUCCCCAACUUCCUUUCCUUCGACGACGGGUUGCUCCCAAAAUGGCUGUUCCUGAUAGCCUCAGUCUCGUCAAUCUACACGGUCCAGUCCUACAUCUCGCUGCGCGGUGCGCGUGAGGUCUACGCAGCGCCCACCACCAUGAUCACCCCACUGUCCGCACGCACCUUUGGCACAUGGACCGCGCUGUCGAGCGUGGUACGGCUGUACGCCGCCUUCAACAUCCACAACCGCGCCGUCUACGAGCUGGCCAUGUGGACGUUUGCCAUUGCCAUCCUGCACUUUGGCAGCGAGUAUGUCUACUUCCGCACGGCGCGGCUGAGUCGAGGGCUGGCGAGUCCGAUGGUGGUGGCGAGCAGCAGUCUGGUGUGGAUGUUGGCACAGCAGGAGUGGUAUGUGAGGUAG